GAGCUCGGUGACGUGGAAGCGAUGGUAUUCCUUGGGGAAAUGUACAAGGAGGGGUUGGGCGUCAAGCUGGACAAGAAGAAGGCGGAGCGGCUGUAUCGCAUGGCCGCAGAUCGAGGCGACGCGGUCGCGCAAUGCAAUGUAGGAAAGUUACUUGAUUCUGAGAAGAAACAUGAAGAAGCGUUCCGGUACUACGCGCUCGCGGCGGAUCAAGGCUAUGCCCCCGGGGAGACUCUCCUUGGCAUUUGUUACGACGACGGAGAAGGCACGGAAGUCGACCUCGGCAAAGCCAGGUACUGGUUCGAGCGCGCCGCUGCCAAGGGCUUCGAGGAUGCUAUAAAGAAUCUCACGACCCUCGACGCGCGAAAAGCCGCGAAGAUUUACCGGCGCGCCGUGGAGCUCGGUGACGUGGAAGCGAUGACAAACCUUGCGAUAUUGCACGAUCGUGGUGGAAGUGGCGUCAAUCAUGACAAGAAGAAGGCUGAGCGGCUGUAUCGCGCGGCCGCAGAUCGGGGCGACGCGGUCGCGCAAACCAACUUAGGGGAUGCGUACCGCCGCGGUUGGUUGGGCCUCGUGAAAUCCGAUAAGAAAGCCGCGAAAAUUUGGAAGCGCGCCGUGCAGCUCGGGAAUGUGGACGCGAUGACAUUUCUUGGAGGAUUGUACAUGCAAGGUAGUGGCGUCAAGCUGGACAAGAAGAAGGCGGCGCGGCUGUGUCGCGCGGCCGCGGACCGGGGCCACGCUUUCGCGCAAAACAAUUUAGGGGUUUUAUUUGCUUCUGAGCAGAAACUUGAAGAAGCGUUCCGGUACUACGCGCUCGCGGCGGAUCAAGGUUUAACCACUGGAGAGAAUAACCUUGGCUGCUGUUACAGGGACGGAAGAGGCACGGAAGUCGACCUCGGCAAAGCCAGGUACUGGUUCGAGCGCGCCGCUGCCAAGGGCGACGAGGAUGCUAUAGAGAGCCUCGCGCUCCUCGACGCGCGAGUAUAG